AUGUGCUCGCUGCCCUGUGGCUUCCAGCCCCCAGCUCCCGAGGACUUAGGGAAACAGAGUUCGGCUGAGCUGCGGGAGAGGUUGAGGCGCCAGGAGAGACUUUUGCGCAAAGAAAAAUUCAUUUGCAAAUUGCCCGACAAAGGUAAAAAGAUCUCAGACGCCAUUGCCAAACUGAAAGCUGCCAUUUCAGAACGUGAAGAGGUUAGAGGGAGAAGUGAACUAUUGCACCUUGUUAGUGUAGACUGUAAGCUAAGGCAAAAAGCAACCACAAGAGUUGAUACCAACAUAGACAAGGCCCAGAAUUCUGACCUGAUGCUUGAUACUUCAUCAUUAGUUCCUGAAUGUUCCUCAGUAGACAUUGAAUCAUCUAAAACAACUUCAGAAAUACAGAGACCUACACAUCUCACUCACAAAGGCAAUGAAGAGACUUUGGAGACUGGCUGCACAGUGAAUACCAGUCCGGCUGCCCGCAUCACAACCCAGGCUCCCUCAUAUGAAGUUAAUGAAUAUCUCCCCCAGCAUUCAAGUCAAGCGGAAGAGAUUUCCAGCAGCGUCGACAGUCUGUUUAUCACUAAAUUGCAAAAGAUCACAACUGCAGACCAGACUGAACCCUCAGAAGAAAACACCAGCACUGAGAACUUUCCAGGACUGCAGAGUGAGACUCCUAAGAAGCCUCAUUACAUGACAGUGCUAGAAAUGCGAGCUAGAAACCCAGUGCCCCCUCCUCAUAAGUUUAAGACCAAUGUGUUACCCACACAACAGAGUGACUCACCAAGUCAUUGUCAGAGGGCUCAGUCUCCUGCUUCCUCAGAAGAGCAGCGAUGCAGGGCUAGGCAGCAUCUUGAUGAUGUCACAGCAGCUCACCUUCUUCUGCUCCACCCCCUGCCUGCACAGCUGCUCUCCAUAGAAGAGUCGCUGGCUCUGCAGAAAGCGCAGAAGCAGAAUUAUGAGGAGAUGCGGGCAAAGCUCGCAGCACAGAAACUAGCCCAGACCGAAUAUUACAAUGCAGUUACCAUCCAGAAGGGGAGUCUCUAG